AUGGCUCUCUGGGCAGACAAAUACAGGCCGAAGGCGUUGGCCAAACUUUCCUAUCACGAUGAUAUCACCGAACAGUUGUCGAAACUUGCAGAUUCGGGUGCCAACUUCCCUCAUUUGCUCGUAUACGGGCCGUCUGGUGGCGGUAAGAAGACGCGUAUUAUGGCGAUGCUGCGUCGAUUAUACGGUACAGGGUCUGUCGACAACUUGAAAGUUGACGUGAAGACCUUUGUGACAUCCUCGAACAGGAAGCUAGAAUUCAAUGUCAUAUCGAGUCCGUGCCAUAUGGAGAUCACGCCAAGCGACAUGGGAAAUAACGAUCGUGUUGUCAUCCAAGAUCUUCUCAAGGAGGUUGGUCAAACCGAGGCUCUUGAUUUCUCCGGACUUUUCCACAUAGCGAAGAAGGAGAAUGAGUCGAAGGAGAAUGGCGGAGAAGAGAACGAGAAGUCGUCUUCUCCUCAGCGUAAAUUCAAGGUUGUGAUCAUCAACGAGAGCGAGAAGUUGAGCAGGGAUGCACAGGCUGCUUUGAGAAGAACCAUGGAGAAGUUCAGCGCAUCGAUCAGACUGAUUCUCAUAUGUGACACGACCUCGAACAUCAUUGACCCUAUCAAAUCGCGUACACUUGGGGUCAGGAUAGGACUUCCUGGCAAGGAUGCCAUGAGACAGGUUUUUGAGAGCAUCUUGAGCAACGAGGCGGAUGCCAAGAGGAGUUUCCCAGAAGACUGGGAUGAACGUGCUAUUGUCUUUGACCACAUCAUCCAGGAGUGUGACGGCAACCUGAGGUUAGGCAUCAUGAUGCUCGAGGCCAUGUACAUGAACCACGACUCCAUCAACGUCCAGACGCCGGUCAUCAAGCCGGACUGGCAGCUCGUCAUUGAGAGUCUGGCCAAGGGGGUGCUGAAGGACAGAUCUGUGGCCCGGUUGACCACUUGCCGGACGAUACUCUACGAGUUGCUAUCGCAUGCAAUUCCGGGGAAGUUGCUACUAGAAAAGUUGAUGUUUUGUUUCAUCAGGCUGGUAGACGACUACAGUGGGCUUCAUCACUUAAACAAGUUGAAGACGGACAUCGUGGACGCUGCCGCGUUGUUCGACGAGAGACUGACGCUAGGCAGUAAAGACAUAUUCCACCUCGAGGGUUUCAUCACCAGGGUGAUGGUGUUACUCGAGUCCGACUCCACCGGACAAUAG